UUUCUUUUUAUCUAACCUAAAUCUACCCUCUUUGAUCUUGAAACCAUUUCCCCUUGUUCUGUCACCACAGACCCUGAUGUCUGUCCGCUUCUUUCCUGUACCUCCCCUUUAGGUACUCUCAGUUCACCUCCCAGCCAUCUUCUCUCCAGGCUGAACAGCCCCAGCUCUCUCAUCCUGCCCUCAUGGGAGAGGUGUUCCAUUCUGCAAGUAAAUGUUGCCUCACAUAAUGCCUUGACUGGGUGUCUGCGCACGAGGAAACUCAACGUAUUUGUCUUCUUGCUGCCUUUUGAUCCAGAAUGACUGAAUGUGCAAUCUGGAAAGAUCAUUCCAUUUUGAUACACAGCUGUAAGCUCUAUUAGGGGUGGAAACAGCUUCUCAUUUGGCUCUAGCAGUCUGAGAGCUGCGUAUGUCCUAUAUGCUAUUUCAUAGAAUCACAGAAUCAUUUGAGUUUGAAGGAACCCUUAAAGGCCGUCUACUCCACCUCCUCUGCAAUGAACAGGGACACCUAGAUCUAGAUCUAGAUCUAGAGCUAGAUCAAGUGCUCAGAGCACCUCCAGCCUGACCCUUCCAGCUCGAAAGACUCUUUCAUGACACUGAACUCCCUAAAACACAGAUGACGACUGGAGACCGUACAUUUUCCCUCGUCAUCCUCACAACUUCACUGUUACUCUCAAUACAUCUCCGUUCUGCCCUGAAACACCAAGACCUGAGCUCGAUGCUAAUUUUGAUAAUGCACUCUUACUGGAGGACCAUCCCAUUGCUGAAAUCCUCGCUAUCUGAGCUGAAAGUAAUACUUUGAGCCUAUGAGUCAGACUGGAUGUAGUCAUAGGCAGAUAAGAGUGUUUUCUCCUGCUGGCAAGCGUGGGUCCUCCAACAUUCCAGGUUUUUUUUGUAGGCUCUUUACACCCUUGAAGAAGUGAUAGUUUAACUACCAGCUUAAAGCACCUGUAUCAAAGGAAAACAGAAGAGCUCUGAAGUGUCACUGGAUGAGAAAUUAACCUGUGUCUACAGAGAUGUAUUCUGCAUGCUGGAGUAUUACAGUAAAAUACAUUUCAGAAAUGCCUCCUCUGAAAGAGAAGAUUUUUAUAGAGAUAGCAUUUGUAAUAUCUGUGAGUUGUUUCCAUUAAGACAGGUGUAUGAUGUGUCCUGAAAGCUUAGUUUAUUGACUUGCAUGGUACUUGCUGCAUGAGAGCAAAUGACACGGCUAUUUUUCAAGCUGUACUAAUACCCUGGAGACAUGCUGAAAAAUAAGGGAUGCUCGUGGAAUCACAGGGGAAAAGAUGCAGUUAGUGUGAUUUUUAACUCCUACUGUAUUUUCUUCCUCCUCCUCCUCAGUAAUAUGUUCACAGAUAAAAUAGUUGAGACCUCAUCUGCUGGGAAAUAGAUGCACAUGUUCAGCUGGUGCUUGAGUUUCUAUAGUAUUUCCAAUAAUGACUUUCAUUUCAGCCACAGAGGGAUGCGGUGUCAAGGAGAAUCUGUUGCUUUGAGUAAUUCAGAGUAAUUCAAAGCAAUCACGGUGUAACACAAGGAUGUUUGUAGUGUUAUUCAUGAUUCUUGUGGGAGUGUGAACAGGCUGAGGGUUCUUUUGUACAAAGAUUACAUUCUUGUAGACAGUGUUAGGAUAUAUGCAAUUAAAACCACAACUAAGUUUCAAAUAGAAACAGCACAGCUUCCAGAACCUCAUAGCCUGAAUGUUCUCUUGCAACAGCUCUGAAAGCAGGAUGAUUCUGCCACAGAGCAGUGAAUUAUAUCUGACUUCUACCAACCAAAGACAAACCAGUCCCUCUGCUUCCUUUCAUUUGAAGAGUCUCCUGUUCAGGACAAGGGAGGCAAUUUGAGAAACAGUGUAAGAAUUAAGAACAGUGGGUUUUCUUGGAAGGACAUUGUCCAUGGAGUCUUAAUCUACUCAUUACACUAUGAUGCCCCAGUCCUGUUGCUGUCCCUAUGCUCAGCUGCAUGCGUUGGUACCAAGAGUGUAUUGCCUUGUGCUGGCACCCUGCCUGGGUUCAAAGCCCUGUCUGUGAGCACGAUAUUAGAUUUGUCAACAAGAUACAACAUUCAGCAAGCACUCGUGGUGUGUUCUCUUCUCUUGCUCGGAAACACAAUCUGCAGACUUUGACAUGAGUUCAGUUAUGCAGGUUAACAAUUCACAUUUACAUGUAUUGUUACUCCCUCCCCAGGUACAGGUGUGGUUCUGACCCUUUGGGCUGUGCAGGUGACCUGUAUUUACUGUAAACAUGGACAAGAGCUCUGGCAGCAAAGAGCAGUGUAUUUGCAUGACAGAACUGAAACACAACCAUGGCUUUUGAACUCAGCUGGACUUCUGGUGGGGUCAUGGAGGGCUGCAAAAAGUUUUGGCACCAGAGGGCCCCAGGAGGCACAUUGCUAUUUCCUUAUAUGCUUCUGCAGAGAUUGUAGAUACUGGGAAGGUCUUUGCUUGUGCUGAUUAUGACAGAGAGCAGCAUUUUUCAAUAGAAAAAUAACAUACAUCAAAUGUCCUUUUCCUACUUCCGAUAUUUGCUCAGAGGCCAACAGCCUCCUUGCUUCAAGAAAGCAUCAAGUCCUUGCCUACCUCAGUGCUACAGCGAAUGUGCUAUUUUCAGAGUUCAGCUCUGGAAAUGUUUCUACUGGAGAACUCACUGACAGCACUGGUGGUGGAGGUGAAAGUGGAUGGAUACUUGCCCUGUCGUUUGAGCCAUUUAGGUGCUUUUCCAGCUGCUGGCAUAAACCAGAAGCCAGGAUUAUUCUCAUUUACAUCUGUCUGGAAGGGUCUCCCUGUACGUUCAUCAUAUUUUGAAGAUUACCAUCUAGAUUCUUCUUCUACCAUUGUUUUUUGAAGCAGCGGAAUAGGCCAGCAGAGAUACUGACUUGAAAGCAUGCGCUGGCAUCACUGCUGCUGGUUUCUGACUCAGCAGAGACACAGAUGUGUUUCUCAGAGCAGAGGAUGUUGUUUCAGUUACUCACGCUUCUGAGACUGUUUGGCAUGAAAGACCUAACAGGGUGGAAACUUUCACUUUGAGCAAAAGAACAGUUUUAAUAGAGCCCACAUGCUUGUACCUUUUCAUGUCUGUCCUUUCCCACUGCUCUCCUGGGCCAAACGUUCAACUCACCAAAAUGAUGGUAGCAAAAAGAAGGCAAUUCUGUUAACUGUGAAGCUGUUUUUCUGGAAAAAAAACCCACAAAUAUUAUAACUUCUGAACAACAAAAUGGGAAAGGAUGCUGCUAGCACAGCAGAUUUCUUAGAGGAAGCACAUGGAUGACCACAUGGCACUGCCAAAAGUCCUUGUCUUCUUUCUGCCUAUGCCUUCUUGGCAGGGUGCAGGCAAACUGGUGGGUGCUGCACAGGUCUGGCACAGCUGAGGGAGAUUUUCAGCUCCACAGCUGAAGCACUCUGUAGGAUGCAUCUAGGAAGACAACACUGAUGUAAACAUCUGGAAACAGCUACGCAGGGGCAAUCAGAGCAUAACUUCUGAGGGAGGUGAUUAUAAUGAUGACCAGAACAUCUCUGCAAUGAGUAGAAAUGAGCAAAAUGUUGCAGGCUUUCUUGAUAAUGUUCGCGUUCAAUUUGUGAAACUCAUAUUUCUUGCAAAAGCCUCUCUUCGGGUGAAGAGAACAGUUUUCCUCUUAUCGCUCGCACGUAUGCAUUCUUGAUCUGACAUGACUUGCAACCACAAGAGAGCACUCUUUCCUUUGAAGAUUUCUCUGCUUCUCCAGAAACCUAGAGACAUGCCAUAUAAGUUUGCAAACUGCUUGAGAGCUGUUUCAGUUAGACCAGAGCAGCCGAAACAACAAAGCUUGCCGUUGUCUUUUGGAUUUCAUUGUGAAGAGCCUUUGGGUAGUUUUCAGAUGACAGAAGAUCCUCGGUUCCUGAAAGGGAGGAGUUCUGCCAAAACUUUGAAGAUCCCUGUAAACUUUGCAAAUUACGGCGCUUUUGGAGACAAUUAUAUCAAACGAUACUGUGGAUUACAAUACAUGAGAAGUGUUUAGAGCCUGGAAGAUUAUUUAUGUUUAGCGUUAACUCGUAUGGUCAUAAUUUCAAGAAGGGAGAAAAGGAAUACACAGGAACCCUCUUAUUAUCUUUUGAAAUAUGAAGAUCAGAGGAAAAGGAAAGUUUAAAAGUGAUUGUCCUCAAAACCUGCCUAUGAAUUAGCUGGCAUCCUGCAUCUAUAAAGACAAGGCUCAGAGCUGAUUUCCAGGCAUGAGUGGACCUCCUGAGUCAUCAGCAGUGCUUUGAGAUCUGAGUUUCUACACAACAAGAGGAAAUUGCCACCUGCGGGGCAGAGUGCCCGUACAAAUGUUUCCCUCUUGCCUGGAUUGAUACAGGAUUUGGAAGCCACAUUUGGGAGCUGACUUUGUGCUGGUGAGAAAAGACAAAGCAUGGCCAGCAAUAAAGACGAUGGUGGACUGUUGAACAGGAUUGCAUUUUCAGGAUCGAUGCCCCUGGCUAACAGCCACAUCCAUCCCCAUGGGGUUCCCCUGAGAGAACCCUUUGGGGUUCCCAUCCAUAUAGACCCAUCGUACUGGGAGCGAGCCUACGGUGGGCACACAGGUCACAUCUCCUAUGUCCCAUUCCCUGGCUACGUGGGCGUCUAUGACUAUUCCUUUGAGCCUGCCUUCAUUCGGAAGAGGAACGAGAGGGAAAGGCAGCGGGUGCGCUGUGUGAACGAGGGCUACACACGUCUGAGAGAGCACCUGCCCAAGGAAUUUGCUGACAAGCGCCUCAGCAAAGUGGAGACUCUGCGGGCAGCCAUAAGCUACAUCAAGCACCUGCAGAGCUUGCUGGACUGCCAUCCCCUGGGGUCCAGCAGUAAGGAAACGCUCACCACCAAGGAGCUCUCGAAUGCUCCCAGCCCUGGUCCUCUGCGGGAAUGCAACAGUGAUGGAGAGUCGAAAGCCUCCUCAGCCUCAUCCCCCUACAGUGAAUUUGAGGAGGUGAAUAGCUAGGAAUUGGACCCCUGAAGAAAGAAGCCUUCAAGACCUUCUGAAAGCCAGAACUAAAUCCCCUGGGAUUUUUCUGCGGAUUAAGAUGAAUACCAGGAAAAAGGAUAACAGCUAGGAGAAAAGAUAAAGGUAUUCUCACUCUUUCAAAGGACAACUGUGUUGUCUGUGCAGAACUUGAAGAUGACUUGCAAGGACACAGACCUUGCUUCAUUUGUUCCAAAUGUGUUACUAAACUUCGGAUUGUUAAAACUGAAGCAAAUCUUUGCAUUCUACUUUUCAUUCAGCUUCUGUUCUAUUUUCAUUUGCCUUUCAUGCAAGAAGAGAACAAAACCAGAUAAAUCCAUUUCAGGAAAUCCCCUUUCCCUUUCUCCCAGUUCCUCCUUUAUUUUCCUGCUUGCUAACUUGGAAUACCGCAGUUAACAAACAUUUCGACUGGGAAAGGUAAGAUUUAGAUAACUCAACCUUCCCUAAAAUGGUUAGAAAACUCCCAGAAAUGCUCCUGUUUCUGAUAGAUAAAGAUGUUGUUGUUAUAAACUUGUGAGUAAUUUUUUUUUUAAGUGGCAUCUUCUAAAGCGAAAGAAGCAACUCAUGCAUUGGAUUCUGGCUAUUCAGUGAUGAUGGGAGGGAUGAUAUUCAGGAAAAGCAAGUCUGACAUUUUCACUCCUAUGUGUUCUAGAAUGUGGUAGGCAGAGAGUUGUAAAAGUACACCUAAAAAGGCACAGCUUCAAUUCUGAUGUUAAAAAAAAAAACACAUUGCCAGCCUAUUUAUUUCUUUACUCAAAAUUGAGUUUGUACACAAAAUAGUCCUGAGUAUUUUUGACUGGUCAGAACUCAGAAAUAGGCUCUUGUAGUGGUUAUGUAGUAUGUACAAAAAGGGUAACAUUAAAUAUACCAGUUUACGUCUGUGUGAAGGUGUAGGCAUUUCCCCUUUUGAUCAGAAUAUCACAUUACUUUUUCAAAGAAUCCAUCUUUUCAAAUGAAUAUCUUGAAGUAUAUGAAAUACUUUUCAUUCAGACAAUAUCUGCUUAAAGUGAAAACUUCCCCCCAAAUUGCUCAAAAAUCUUCCUUUCCCCAAGGCCGGACUUAAUUAACAUUCAGCUAUGAGCUUGAAUCCUGUUCUGAACACGAAGUAAACUCCUUCUCACUUGUACGUCUUGCACAAACCUUCCAAACUUCUGCUUUUCUGGCCUCGCUUUGGUGAAAUGGUUUUGUAUCAUUUUGUCUUUCCUUCACAGCGUGCUGACUGAACACCUAUGUAAAUGAGAAUGCAUACUGAUUAAAUACCUCAGAUGUGUCCGUAAAUUUCAUUUAAAUAAAAAACGCAAUACAUCCAGGCUAUGGGGUUUUGUUUUUGUUUUCCAGUGGAUAAUGAAUAGCAUAGGAAGUGCACACAAAGUGCUACCUCAGUUUUUAAUCUAGAUUUUUACAUCUAGAUAGUUAGCAUGUUUAUACUGUUGGCUUCUAAUAGCAUUUACUAGAUAUAAAGAUACUCUGCUGAUUUCUAGUUCACUGCUAUGGAUCUCUGUACACUUUUAGCUACUGGAAGCCUGCUUUCAAGUACUUGCAGUAGAAGUACUUGGGUUGAGCUAUUGCUACAGCUCUCAACCCAAUUAUUUCUUCUUAAGUCACAUAUGUGUUUCUCAAUAGUACUGAAAGGCAGACACUCAAGCAAAUCGCAUGCAACUCAUAUAUGAAUAAAGGCCUGAAUGUGUUGUCCAAGUGGCUUCUGACAGAACAUUCAUUCAGAGAUAUCAAUGGCAGUCACAAGCUUUGUAGUUUAUUCUUUAAGUGGUAGCCAGGUUCCUUUUCUGACAAAUUUAAUUCAGUUUGUUUCUGUUUUCCAGACCCCAAAUGUUUAAUUCCUGUUACCUGAACAGUUAUUCAGAUCUCUAGAUCUGAAUAGAUCUGAAUCUCUAGAUCUAAGGAUCUAGAGCUUAGGCACUGAUUUUUGGAUACAUCAGUGUUCAUAUUUGUUAUCCA